UUUCCCAUGCAAAAAAAUAGGUGUUGCGACGUUGCAGCACAGCAAAUGUGCACUCGCGUUUUUUGUUUUUCUCUGCAAGCAUGACCCCGGAGGGCACCUUGACCUCCAGCGUCACGGAGAACAGGAUGCAGUCCAUUGGCGUGGCCCUGGAGGAGCUGCUGGUGGCGGCUCAGAAACAAGAGUGCCUGACGGUCGGCAUCUACGAGUCCGCUCAGCUUCUCAAUGCGGACCCGGAUAGCGUGGUUCUAUGCGUGCUGGCCGCCGACGGUGAUGAGGCUGACGUGGCUCUGCAGAUCCACUUCACGCUAUUGCAGGCAUUUUGCCGCGACAGCGGCAUCACCAUCCUGCGCGUGUCCGGGCUACCACGACUACGUCAGCUGCUCGCCAAUGCGGACGACGACAACCAACGACAGGACGGAGACAUACACUGCAUGCUGGUCACGAACCCCCACGCUGACCAUUGUCAUCUUCGGGAAGUUGGCAUCUACUGCCAGGAGAGUGCGGACCAGUGGAUCCCGGAGCUGGUCCUGCAGGAACACUGAAAUAAAAACACUAAUAUUUGCGGCCUUGCACCCAGAUGAACUUUGAACUCUCACACAAAGAAAUACGAGGCUGGAACUCAGGACGCACAACAAAGGCAGACUCGAGGAUAUUCCUCACCGAGGCUUGUUUUGCAGAGGAGCUCAACCAGGCCGAGAGCUCAGUGCACGUUUCUGAGAAGCCGACAGGAAUGUGGUCAAACUAUGCGUGGUAUUCCUGAGUACUGUACUGACGCACGCAGGAACUGUAAAGGACAUUUUGGUAUUCUCCUCAUCAUGUCUGUGCCUUCAACAUUAACUAGAAAUGUACUGUAUGAUGUGCUGCCUAUUUGACUUGAAUAAAUUAUUUUCUUCAAAUGA